AUGACAUCGCAGAAUGUUCAGAGAAUGUUAAAAGAUUAUCAUGGUUUAAAUUUAUUAGAGUUUCUUAGAUUUUAUAAGAAAAAAGUGAAGAUUCCGAAAAUUAUUGUUCAAAGUGGGGCGUACUAUCUUGUAUUCUUCAAAACGGAUGAAAAUGAAAUGUUGGACGCAGUGAAAAUUGCUGCAAAGGAGGGAUGUCGCAAAAUGUUGAAUGGAGGUUCAGCUGUUGAUGCUGUAGAAGAAGCCGUUCGCAUUUUAGAGGAUGAUAUACAUUUUAACGCUGGUCGUGGAUCAGCACUAAAUACUGCUCAUAAAGUAGAAUGCGAUGCCAUGAUUAUGGAUGGUGACAAAUUGCGCACUGGGGCGGUGAUGGCUGGAACCAAUUUCAAAAAUCCGGUCAAAGUAGCAAGAAAAAUUAUGGAUGAAACCCAUCAUUGUGCCUUGAGUGGAGAAGGAGCUCGGAGAUUUGUCCAACAGAUGAAUUACAAUGAACUGCUUUGUGAUCCUGACGAACUCGUAGUGGAAACAAGUAGACAAGUGAUGGCUAUGAACUUUUCUGAAGUUUUACCUCGUUCAUAUAAAGAGGCCUUGCCAUUCGAUACCGUAUGUGCUGUUGCUUUGGAUAAACACGGUCAUUUUGCUUGUGCCACAUCUACAGGCGGUAUACCUAAAAAAAUGGUUGGUCGCAUCGGUGAUGCUCCAUUGGUUGGCUGCGGAGGAUAUGCAAAUGAGUACGGUGGAGCAGCUUCAAGUGGAUGCGGAGAAGCAAUAAUGAAAAUGACAUUAGCAAGAGAUGUUGUAUUCAGUAUGGAAAAUGGACAAAGUGCUAUGGAAUCUGCUACAAGUGCUGUGCAAAGGAUGAAACAACGCUUAACAAAAGGCUAUGGUUCUAUAAUUGCCAUUGACAAAGAUGGUAAGUUUGGAAUUGAAACCAAUUCACCUUCCAUGCUUUGGGCGACGUGUGAUCCUUCUCAAGCAGUAGCGGGACUCAGAAGACUAGACGAUCCACCUGAAAAUUGAUUCCUUAGAAGUGAUAAAUUUCAUGCAAGUUCAUUGAUAAACCUAAUAGCGCACUCAUUUUGUGAACUAUA